CUGCGCCUGCGUGUAGCUCUGAGUUCCUAGGAGUCUGUCAGUGCCUGCGGAUCUGAGGAGAAGCCGGCCAGGAAGCAGAGCUACUAAAGAACCUUCACAAUGAAGACUCGUUUCAGCUCCGUAGAUAUCUGCGCCAUCCUUUCCGAGUUCAAUGCCAGCUUAUUAGGAAUGAGAGUACACAACAUUUAUGAUGUGGAUAAUAAGACAUACCUUAUACGCCUUCAAAAGCCAGACUUUAAAGUUACACUUUUACUUGAAUCUGGCAUACGAAUUCAUACAACAGAGUUUGAAUGGCCAAAGAAUAUGAUGCCAUCUAGCUUUGCCAUGAAGUGCCGAAAGCAUUUGAAGAGUCGAAGAUUAGUUAGUGUAAAACAGCUUGGUGUGGAUCGAAUUGUAGAUUUUCAGUUUGGAAGUGAUGAAGCUGCCUAUCAUUUAAUCAUUGAACUUUAUGAUAAGGGGAAUAUUGUUCUUACCAACUAUGAAUACCUAAUUUUAAAUAUCUUGAGGUUUCGAAGUGAUGAAGCAGAUGAUGUAAAGUUUGCUGUUCGAGAAAAGUAUCCAGUUGAUCAUGCUAGAGUAUUUGAACCAUUACUUUCAUUGGAAAGAUUAACUGAAAUAAUAUCCAGUGCACCCAAAGGAGAACAGUUAAAAAGAAUUCUUAACCCAUAUCUCCCAUAUGGGGCCACUCUGAUUGAACACUGCCUUAGAGAAAAUGGAUUCUUGGGCAAUGUAAGAGUUGAUGAGAAAUUUGAAACUAGAGAUAUCGAAAAGGUACUUGUUUGCCUGCAGAAAGCAGAAGAUUAUAUGAAAACAAUGUACAACUUCAGUGGAAAGGGAUAUAUCAUUCAGAAAAAAGAGAAAAAACCAAGCCUAGAGCCAGAUAAGCAGUCUGAAGAUAUACUCACAUAUGAAGAAUUUCACCCUUUCUUGUUUUCUCAACAUUCUAAAUGUCCAUAUUUAGAAUUUGAAUCAUUUGAUAAGGCAGUAGAUGAAUUUUAUUCUAAGCUAGAAGGCCAGAAGAUAGACUUGAAAGCUUUACAACAGGAGAAGCAAGCAUUGAAAAAACUGGAUAAUGUCCGUAAGGACCAUGAGCACAGAUUAGAAGCCCUUCAUCAAGCUCAGGAAAUUGAUAAAAUCAAAGGAGAGCUCAUAGAAAUGAAUCUACAUACAGUUGAUAGAGCCAUCCAAGUGGUUCGGAGUGCAUUAGCCAACCAGAUAGACUGGACAGAAAUUGGGUUAAUUGUAAAAGAAGCCCAAGCUCAGGGAGAUACUGUUGCAAAUGCUAUCAGAGAAUUGAAGCUGCAAACAAAUCAUGUCACAAUGCUGCUAAAAAACCCAUACCUAGUAUCAGAUGAAGAGGAAGAAGAUGAAAUUAACAUUGAGAAAGAAGAAACAGAAGAACCAAAAGGGAAAAAAAAAAAGCAAAAGAACAAACAACUUCAGAAGCUUCAGAAAAAUAAGCCAUUACUUGUUGAUGUUGAUCUCAGUUUGUCAGCCUAUGCCAAUGCCAAAAAAUAUUAUGACCAUAAGAGACAUGCUGCUAGGAAAACACAAAAAACAGUUGAAGCUGCUGAGAAGGCAUUCAAAUCAGCAGAAAAGAAAACAAAGCAAACACUUAAGGAAGUUCAGAUGGUUACCACCAUUCAGAAAGCAAGAAAAGUGUAUUGGUUUGAGAAGUUUCUAUGGUUUAUUAGCUCUGAGAACUAUCUCAUUAUAGGUGGAAGAGACCAACAACAAAAUGAAAUGAUUGUGAAGAGAUAUUUAACACCAGGGGAUGUUUAUGUUCAUGCUGAUCUUCAUGGUGCAACAAGCUGUGUAAUUAAGAAUCCAACAGGAGAGCCAAUCCCCCCACGGACCUUGACUGAAGCCGGCACAAUGGCAUUGUGUUACAGUGCUGCCUGGGAUGCUCGAGUUAUCACCAGUGCUUGGUGGGUGUACCAUCAUCAGGUGUCUAAAACAGCACCAACUGGAGAAUAUUUGACAACAGGAAGCUUCAUGAUAAGAGGAAAGAAGAAUUUCUUGCCUCCCUCAUAUCUUAUGAUGGGAUUUAGUUUCCUGUUUAAGGUAGAUGAGCCAUGUGUUUGGAGACAUCGAGGAGAACGGAAAGUUAGAGUUCAAGAUGAAGAUUUGGAGACAGUGGCUAGCAGCACUAGUAAGCUAGCUUCAGAAGAAAUGGAACCAUUAGAUGAUGAUGGUAGCAGCAGUGGAGAUGAUCAAGAAGAGUCUUUUGAAACUUUAGAAGAAAAGGAGAUAUCUCAAGGUAAUCUAGAGGUCAUUGCCAUUCAGAAUGACAAAAACAGGCCAAAAGAAGGAUCAGCACAAGAAGAAAGUUCAGAUGAUGAUGAUGAUGACGAUGAUGAUGACAAUGAUGAUGACAAUGAUAAUAAUAAUGAGGAGGUGGAAGAGGAGGAAUCUCAAAAAACAGUAAAAACAGGUCAAGAGGCUGCAAGUAAAAGGAAAGAGGAAUCUGAAAUGUCAUUAAAUUAUCCAGAUACUACAAUUGAUUUGUCUCACCUUCAAUCCCAAAGAUCCUUCCAGAAAAUAAUUGCAAGAGAAGAUUCUUCUGAUGUGAAUGACAGUAAAUUACAUGGCCGGAGGCAUUUGUCAGCCAAGGAGCGAAGAGAAAUGAAGAAAAAAAGACAAUCAAAUGACUCGACAGAUUUAGAGAUAUUGGAAGAAAAAGAAAAUACAUUAAAGACUGAAGUUUCUCCAAAUACAAGCAAAAAUGUUCCAGGUCCACAACCAAUGAAGAGAGGACAAAAGAGUAAAAUCAAAAAAAUGAAGGAAAAAUAUAAAGACCAAGAUGAAGAGGAUCGUGAACUUAUCAUGAAACUUCUAGGUUCUGCAGGUUCAAGCAAAGAAGAGAAAGGAAAGAAGGGGAAGAAGGGGAAAACAGGGAAAACAAAAGAAGAGGCAGUGAAGAAACAACCCCAGAAAUUCAAAAGUGAACUGAGGCUUGCUGACAGAAUUAAGAAGGAAACUCCUUUUCUUGGAGUUGUAACUCAUGAAUUACAAGAACUUGCCAUGGAUGAUCAGCCUGAUGACAAGGAAGAGCAAGAUACAGAUCAACAAGGAAAUGAGGAGAACCUGCUGGAUUCUUUGACAGGACAACCUCACUCUGAAGAUGUGCUACUUUUUGCUAUACCAAUAUGUGCCCCUUAUACCACUAUGACCAACUACAAAUACAAAGUAAAACUUACACCUGGGGUCCAGAAAAAAGGAAAAGCUGCUAAAACUGCCUUGAAUACUUUCAUGCAUUCAAAAGAAGCAACAGCAAGAGAAAAAGAUUUAUUUCGUAGUGUAAAGGACACUGAUCUAUCAAGAAAUAUUCCUGGAAAAGUGAAAGUAUCUGCACCCAAUCUGCUCAAUAUAAAGAAGAAAUAACUGAAAAAAAAAUAACAUAUUUGAAAGGUACUCAAAUGCUCAAAGUGGCCUUUACUAAAAAAUGAACUGCUGUUCUACAGGACUUCUGAAGUAAACGGGCCCAUUCUACAAAAUAACUUCCUCCAUUUCAAAUGUAUAAACUUACAAUUAAGAUAUUGGUUUUUUCCAAGUCUUUGUACAACACCAUAUAUAUGACCUAUUCACCUAAAUUAAUGUGGAAUUUAGGUUACUAGUGAACCUUCAUUUCAUGUUGAAAUGCUGAUAGUAUAUAUAUGCUGCAGACCUAAAAACUGCCCUUUAACAAAUGUUCUCGAAUCAUUUGAAUCAAAUUCUUAAAGAAUUUUCUGUUAAUAGUUAAUUGAUUUGUACUCUUAACUAGGUAUCCAUAUGCAGUUUUUCCAUCUCUAAUCACUUCCUGGAGUUCCUGUAAAUGACUGAAUAUGAUUCAUUUUUUCUUUCUGCCCUCAAUCUGCCCCCUCUCCUCUAACUACUCUAUGCCAGCCACAUCUGUUGGUUUGUCUACAGCAUGCUGGCAUUCUAAGGAAGGACAAUUACUAAAGCUAUCUUUUGUCUUCUCCCAGAAUUAGAUGUGACAAUACUUCCAACAUUUUGCAAUUCUUCUGUUCAGCUCAGGUGAUAAAUUUGUCAAAAUAACAAUAAUAAUUGGGGGGAGUAGAAAGAAUUCAUUAAAUGAAAUUAAGUUUUUAUUAAAACUCCUAGAGACACUUUUAAGGCUUUUCCAGUUGAAACUUAAAAACUAUCUCAGGAGAAUCUUUAAUUAUGAUAUGAUUAUGUAGUUCAUAUUCUACCAUUUCACUUCUCUUCAUUUCUGAAUGAUAUCAAAAUCCCAUGGCCUUGAAAGUUAAAUUUCAAUUAAAUUAUUUUACCUUUUCUCUAGUUACAAGCUUCCCUAAUAUUGCGAGAUGAUUCCAUAAGGUGCAUGCCCAAUUCAGAGUAUUAAAUAAGAAUAUGUGGUAGCCAUUUCUUGGACUUUUUGCCCAAUAUGUUUAUUUCUUUUUGCUCUAAUAGAAGAAAAUCAUUUGCAUUAAAUACAUUUAUUGCAAAUAUCUUCAGACACAAAAAUAGGUUCUCUAGGCCAUUCACAUGCAAAUUUAAGCCAAAAAGCUUACAACAACGCAGCUUACAGAUGAUGCCACAAUUUGUGAAAUUAAUUACACCUUUUAGAAUUUUGCUUGUCCAUGCAAGAUUUAUUGGAGGCAUGACCUGUAGAGUCUUAUGAUCCAGAUGUAUUGUUACUACCAAACCUCUGAUUCACACUGUGAAGUAAGUGCUUUGGAAGGCAGUUCCACGAGCUGGCUAAUAAGUCUUUAAAGCAAAUGACUGCUUCGAGGCUUAGCCUGGAAAGGGAGGGAAGCACUUUAAAUUUUAAUAAAUUACAAUAAAUUACAAAAGAGGAAUUAAGGAAAUCGGAAAUUUGUAGUUUAUAAGUGAUUCUUUGUUGUUAGCAACAAGUGCCCAAUUUAAUUACUAUUCCCAAAUAUAAUUUAUAAGAAAUUAAACACUUAUUCCCCGUAGCUUACCUUACAAGUGAUUUUGGUUGUACUGAAAACACAAGUAUUUCAUUACUGUGAGCCUAAGAGAGAUUAACAUUUUUUUAGUCAUUUAAAUUUAAGAACUAAACAAAAAAAAACCAUCUUUAACACUAGAACAUACUAUACUUACUGCUUUGUGCUGGGCAAGUAAGUUGUUAGCACAUCCACCAAAAACAAUCACUUCUCCUUCAUCACUUGUACACGCUGUAUGCCAUAACCUGCACCAUAUCAAAAAAUCUCAAGUUAAAAACAAAUGUCCUCCUUUCUAUUAGCCAUUUUCCCACUAUAUUUUCAAGGAAGGUGGGGAGGGAGAAAGCUUACUCCUUCCCAUGGCUAUGUUCAUAUUUCAUCAAAAAAAGAGGCUAAAAACAAAAAUUAAAUUUGGUCCAUUAUAAAGAUACAGAUCUCUAUAUUAUAUACACAGUCAGGUGACCAGUUUUUCCUCCUCUCAAUUUUUUGGUGAGAGAGCAUAAAUAGCAUCCAUUUGUAACCAAAUGUUAUAAUGUUAUUAUAUAUGGUUAUAUAUAUCAUAUAUAUUUAUUACACAUUACACAGAAAUAAAAAUUUUCACCUAAGACACUAACCAAAUGGAUUUACACACACAAGAAAUAUGCUUUCAGUUGCUAAUUCUUGGCAGUUCUGUUUUCACAUCUCUCCACUCAAAUGCUUUUUACACUACUGCAAUAACCUCUGUAAGGCAUAGGACAAUCAUGUCAGUCUUUGGUAGAAAAAUGUUUCUUUAAAAUUCCUUAGCUAUUUACAAAGGUCCCACCAAUUUUCAUACCCAUUCUACUUUCCAACCAAACUGUACUUAUUCCUAAGGCCAGAAUAUUGUAUAUUCUUUUCCUUCCUAUCUCCUAGCUUCAAGGCUCAGUUCAGGAGUCACUUCCUAAGUAAAUUUUUCUUGAUGUUCCCAUCAUUAAUGCUUUCUCCCUCCUUAAAUUGCUGUUAUUUACUAGGAGAUUAUAAACUACCUCAAACGAAAUGUGGUUCUGUCUUUGUCCUUGUAUUCCCAACACCUCACAAUGUCUAAAAAAUGUGCAUUAAAUUAAAAUGAGGUGUGAUAAAGUUUCAUGUGAACCCUGAAUAAAUAUUAUCACUUUCCAUAAAUAUUGUUUUAGAAUUGUUUUUCCAUUAACACAUGGGAAAAGAAUAAAUUGUGGUUGACAUCUGAAGUCUAAAAAAACCUUCAAAAGAAAAAACAUUGCCUUUUAGAAUCCACCCUAUUAGUGCAUUUUUUCAAAUUUCAAAUUACACUGAAUUACACAUCACUACUUGCCCUAGGCAAAUAAAGACAUUAAUCCUAGAAAGGCAUAUUAGUGAACCAAAGUUAAAAACCUGCCUAGGCCUAUUUCCUUAUCCUUCAGAUAAGAAGCCUGAACUGGAAAACAAGAUCCAAUGUUCUUCCUAAUUUGCUUCUGAGUAACUUCCUUAGUGUGCAGAUUUUAUUUUAUUUAUAUCUUCUUAUACCACAUGAUUUCUGUUCGUGUACUUGAUAAAUCUUCCAGGAUUUUUCUGUGUAUUAAUGCAAAACUCUGAAAUAUCAGUUUUAUCUUUCCCUAUUUGACCAGCCUCAAAACUAUAGAAGGCCCACAACAGGAGGCCUUUGUUAGAUGCAGGUAAUUUAUGAAUUUUCUUUCUCCCUUUAAGGCAUAGAGGUUAAUGCUUAAAUUAUGGGACAGAUUUAUCAUCUUCCUAAAGUAAAAGAAAUUAUUUGUUUUGUUAAGCAAUUUUAGAACAAGGAACGAUUAUUUUGAGAAAGACAAAUAUGGGCUUAACUUUUUUUAGAAUCCAGUAAUUUGUGAUUCUGUGGAUUCCUAAUAUCUAUUCUGCUAAAUGAAUCUGAUAAGAUUUUUUCAUACAUGUAAAUAGACAUGAUUUCUUGACAUGCCUAUCCUGGCCUGGUUUCUUCCAACAUUCCAAAUGAGAAGCAUUAAAAGUUAAAUUAGAGAAGGAUUGAUCUUGGUUAAUUAAUUCAGCCAGCCCAGUUCCCCAUUUUAUAUAUAAGGAAACAUCCAGUUUUUUACUUGUCCAAAGUGACAUAGAGAACUAAAUAUUUUGUGAUAACUUGGCCUUGCUGAACCAAGCUGAUGAGCAUUAUCAUUUAAUCUAUUAUCCCAUGUCAUUCUAUCCUAAACAAUUUAUGAAGUUCAUUAAAAGUGUGUGUUGUAACAUUAAAAAGAAAGAAAACAUUUCAGAAGAAUGAUGAGCAUCUGAAGUUAGCUUUAUAGAAAUAUCUUGUCAUAAGCACAAAUUUUUAGGAUUCAAAGUUGUUAACUGGAGAGAGAAAUUGUACUAUACCAUUUGAACACCCUCUGAUAGAGCCUGUAAAAGAACUUCUGGUAAGGAAACUACUUCUAUCAAUGCAAAUAGAUGUCUAUAUAUCUACAAUUGCCCGUGUCUUAAGAGGCAGAACUUAAACUUAGUCUUGUCUCCAAGGCCAACACUUAUUUUACACUCUGACUCUAAUAGGUAUUAUAUUUUAUUCAAAGUUGAUGUUUCCUGUAAUCAAAUGGAGAUUUCUAAGUGUCCAUCAUAAUAGCCAAUGAUAUUUCUCCCAAGUUAUUUUUUUAGAUGCCCACCUAGUUAAAGACUCUCCCAAGUAGACAAUUUUUUUUUAAACCCUUACCUUCCAAGGCAGAAGAGUGGUAAGGGCUAGGCAAUGGGGGUCAAGUGACUUGCCCAGGGUCACACAGCUGGGAAGUGGCUGCGGCCAGAUUUGAACCUAGGACCUCCCUUCUCUAGGACUGGCUCUCAAUCCACUGAGCUACCCAGCUGCCCCCCCAAGUAGACAUUUUAUACAGUAAAACAUCUCACUUAAAGUAAAUGUGAGGAAAAGUUGAAAAUCUCUAAAUUUAGAUUCUCCUUUACAAUUUUGUGAAAUAUCCCUACUUCCCUGUACUAGCAUCCAGUGAUACUGGCCUCCUUGCUAUUUCCUGAACAAGACACUUCCAUCUAUCUCUUAGAUUCUUCUUAGCCUCAUCCCUGGAAUGCUCUCUCUCCUGAUCUCAGCCUCCUGGCUUCUAUUGAGUUUCAGCUAAAAUUUUACUUUUUCCAGGUUCUUUUUCCCUCAUCUUUUUUGCCUUUCAAAAAUUAUCUCCUAUUUAAGCUGUCUAUUUUCUUGUUUAUAUAUACUUGUUUCCAAGUUGCUCCCCAAUUAGAUUGUGAAGCUCACUAGGGCAGGGACUGUCUUUGUUUUUCUUUGUAUCCCCAGCACUAGUUACUAUGCUUCAUAAAUCCUUUGAUUAAAAAAGAGAGAGAGAACCCUGUGGAGCACUGAAUGAAGAUUAGUGGACAAAUGGAAUGAAUACUCUUAAAAAAAAAUGAAAGUUCAAUGGGAGAAAAAGCAUCUCAAACAGAUGAAAGGAAACUUCACACUGGUCAAUAGGUUAGAGUGAAAGAAUGCCCUAUAGGAGGAGGAAGGGAAGAAAAAGAAAAUACAAAGAUGAUAGACUCUAGGCCAGAAAAUCUCAAAUUUCAUUUGAGAUGGACUGAUAUAAUGUAUUUGUUUGGCGUCUUGCAAAUCUGGUUCCAUGUGAAUUUUGUACCCCAUGAUAAUGAUUUCUUUGAAGUACAUUAAAUCAUUAAACAAGAUUACAGUG